UAAAAAUUUCGUCUUUUCCGAUCAUAAAUAUACCAACUUUGUCGAAAAAUUCGAACUAGAAGUUUGUGAAAUUUACGAUUAAAGUUCGAUUUUGAGACUAUUUACUGGCGAAAGACUGGUAUCUAGAAUUUUGGCCCUUGUGACGUAUGCAGUGUGACCAAGUGUGACACGUCGACGUGUUUUAGUAUAGCAAAAUAACAAAGAUCACGCAAUCACGCAAAGCUUUUUUAAUAUUGUGCGUAAAAAAUGUCUGAUAACGAAAGUUUCGAGUCACAGACGGAGACAGAAGGGUCAUCAGAUAAUGAGGACAUCGCUGAGCAAUCGUCUGUUGUUCAGCCUUACCAAUUUGAGCCACUGGCAGAUAGCGAAUAUGAGGAAGACGAAACGGACGAAGACGGUAUUCUGCGCGAAACGUUUGAAUCGAGAUUUAAGGGAGAUUUACCUGUUAACUCAUGGUGCACAUGCGGACAUUGUAGAGUAGAGUUGUUACAGGACGCCAGAGAAUAUCGUUGUUGCAAAGAAAUUCUCGAGUGCAUGGGCAAGUUUACGAAUGAGGGCAAGGACGCAGCAUGCAUAACACAACAUUGGGACUAUGCUGUGGUCACACACCGGACAGUGUUAGAGACUGCAGGAGCUUUUCUCUCCGACAAGUCGGGGAAAAAAUAUCAUAAGCCAACAAGCAGGACACAAGAUCGGCAAAAUGAGUAUUUACGAGCGGUGGCAUAUAGAUGGGUGGUGAGAUGGAUAUUUGGCAUGCUGGGGUGGGACAAUUCUAGACCGCUUCCAGCCUGCCUGUAUCAUGAAAUAAGGAAAAGAUUUUCAUCUUCAAGUACCACCGGAUACAAAGAAUCGACGCAGAGAACUUAAUGUAAACGCAGAGAACUUGAUGUUUUGAAAGGGAGAAAUAAUUGUCUGCACUUUGAGUUUCCUAAAUGUGAUAUUAGUAAACUCCCAUAAUAGAUACACGGGCACACAUUAAAAGGAAAAAUACAGUGAAUUUAUUACUUUAAUUUCUCAUAAUCAGGUAUGUUAUAUUAUACAAUAUGCCAAUAUGAAUGUAUAUAUUCUUUAUUUACUAACUAUUUUGUUGUUGACCAGCUGUAUUUGAUUCACAUAUGCUUUUUUGAUGCCCUUUCAUUGGUUGUCCACAUUUUCUGCAACAAGGUGCCUUGCGGUUUUGCUUGCUAGCAGAUUUUGACAUUUCUUUCUGUUGGUCUUGGUGUUGAAUAUCA